CCCAACCUACGGCUGGCUGUCCACCUUGCCCAGAGCUCUGGCCUCAUAAUCACCCUCUGCCACAGCUAUGGCUCAGUCACUGGCUCUGAGCCUUCUUGUCCUGGUCAUGGCCCUCUGCAUCCCCCGGACCCAAGGCAGUGAUGGAGGGGCACAGGAUUGUUGCCUCAAGUACAGCGAAAGGAAGAUUCCCACCUCGGUUGUCCGCAGCUACCGGAAGCAGGAGCCAAGCUUGGGCUGCCCCAUCCCAGCUAUCCUGUUCUCACCUCGGAAGCGCUCUCAGCCAGAGCUGUGUGCAGACCCUAAAGAGGCCUGGGUGCAGCAGUUGAUGCAGCAUCUGGACAUGCCGCCGGACAUACAGAAAUCAUCCCAGCGCUGUAAGAAGGACAAGUCUGGCAAGAAGGGAAAGGGAUCCAAAGGCUGUAAGAGGAAUGAAAAGCCACGGACCCCAAAAAAGCCAUAGCCCAGUGACCACUCUGGAGCCCAGGAGGCCCCCAUCAGCCUCACCAGGGUUUGGAGCCCCAAUCCAAGGGGGAAGAAGCGGGCUAGGAGAGAGGGAGGACUCAAGGGCCCCGGAGCAGCCACUCCAUGCUGGCUUUGCCUCACCCCUUCUUCCGCGUCAACCAUCCCUUCUGCAUUCCCAGCGCUACACGCAUGGCUGAGCUGCCCACACCAGGCCAGGCCCAGAGAGGCAGAGGAGAGAGUGUGAGAGGAGGCAGCAGGACUGUCCCCUCUGAGGAGAGGUCACCCGGGACCCUGGAUCUGACCCUGCCCCUCACUGCACCCCACCUCUUCCUUGUAAAUAUGAUUUAUACUUACCUGAAUAAAAAGCUGUUUUGGCUUCCUA